GUUCGGAUGUAAAAAUGGUCGAGACAAUUGCUGAAGACGAAGAUGUCAAGCUAAAAAGUUCAAUUACUAUUCCAGUAAUUUUCAUAGAAGAUCGCGAAAGUGACGAGGUCAAUGAACAGUUAAUCACAAAUGUUGAUCAUUAUUCUCCAUCUGUUCGCCUUGUGAAUAUCACAAAAUCAUCUGAUUCUGCAACAAGUUUUGGGUUUCUCUUAUCGCGCUCAAAAUGGGAUCCAUAUCCAUACAUAUCAAGAAUAGAUAAAGAAUCGCCAGCAAGUUCGUCAGGAUUAAAGGAAGGUGAUUGUGUUUUAGAGGUAAAUGGCGAAGACGUUUUAGGUAUGCGAGUGGCAGAUGUUGCCAAUUUAGUGAAAUCAAAAAUCGACCAUGUGACGUUAUUGCUAUGGAAUACAAACUUGGAUCAACAGUGUGAAUCGAAUUUAUGUUGCGGUCCAAUGCCACUGAAUUACGAAAAGUUAGCAGCAACAGUUCAAACAAUUCUAACAGCUAUUGAAUGUCCUGUCUGCUUUAACACGAUUACAUCACCAUUCACACAGUGUCAGAAUGGACACUUAUUGUGUUUGAGAUGUCGUGCACGAUCUGAUAAAUGUCCAAUAUGUCGGGAUCGUUAUAGUGUGGUUAGGUGCUUAUUGGCGGAACAAAUUUACACGACAUUAAUCGAAACCUUUAACCUACAAGAUGGUCCGCAAGGAAAAAUACGAGAGAAAAUUUUCGGUGCAAAAACGUGCAAGUCACAACAUGAUAGACACACAACAUCAACCGCAACACCAAAAGUGCAUUCACAUACACAAAAGUUUCUUGCUAAAAUCAUGGGGAAGGCGUCGUCAAUGGAAAGUCUGAGUCAGCAAAAAAGCGGCAAGAAGAUUGACAACGAGGAAGAAAGUGGAAUGAUAAGGAACAAAGUUUUGUCGCAGUCAGCGAGUAAUGUUUUUCCUCGUGCGGAAUCAACUCAAACGGCAGUUAUUCGAUGUCCAUCAAUGACACGAAAUCUCGGCUCUGAGCUAUCGAAUUCAUAUGGAAGCCUUUUGGGCACUCAACGCCCACGUUCAUGUAAUGUUUCAUCUGAAAGCUUGCCAAUAUUCAUGCCUCAAAGCAAUGACAAUAACUCAAAAGCCAAUCAAGAAUUUUUUUAUUGUCCAGCCAGUGAACAUUGCUAUCAAGAUAAGCUUAAAGCAUCAGAAUUGAUACAGCAUGUAAAUUCCAUCCAUCACCUGCCGACAAUUUUUUUCGGAACAUCAAGUGCGGAAAUUUCUCUACCACCACGAUUGCCCAUUGAGAAUGCGUCAUUGAUUUUACAGCUCGAUGAAAAACAAUUUUGGGUGAAAGUUGUGGCUAAUGUUACAAAUAAUGACCUAUUCAUUUCGUGUCUAAUGCAAGCAUCGUUCGAUUACACAACAAAAUACAUUCUCGAGAUUGCCAUUCGAAAAGUUGGCAAUAAAAUUCUCGGUGUACAGUUGAUAAAUCGGAAUGAGAUUUACUCGCUGGAAAGCACGUCGUGGCAGGAAAUAUUCACAUCACAACGUGGAAUUAAACUUACCGACGAUAAUAUUCAGGCAACGUUUGCCGGUGAUGAUAUUAAUCUGCAGGUGUCCAUCAAAAGGAUCGAGGAUAUAUAGUAAUUAAAUUUACAAUUAACAGUCGCCGGAGCUCACUUAGUACAUGAAAUAUUUUUUUUAUAUUUAUUCAUUAUUUAUAUAUUGUUUCCAUGGCAAGGCGUAUGAUGCUUGAAUCAUCCUGCGUGCAUUUUUCAUUUUUUAAUUAACUGCACUGUGAGCAUAUACGAGGAUGGCUUAAUUAAUUUUUUUCUGUGUUAUUUAAGAGAUUUUUUUUAUCCACUUGAUGAUGUAUUUUUGUCUAUAUUAAUUAAAAUGAAAAUCAAUCUUGCCACAGUACGUGUGACAGGUGGAAAUGUUAAAAUUUCA